UUUACAAACAGACCAGGCCACAGUCAGGAAUCAGUGAUGAAAAAUUAUACGGCAAUAACUACAUUCAUCCUGGUAGGACUAACUGACGAUGCAAAUCUUCAAAUUCUGCUUUUCAUCUUUUUGCUUUUAACCUAUUUAUUGAGUGUGGUUGGGAACCUGACCAUCAUCACUCUCACACUGGUGGAUUGCCACCUUAAAACACCCAUGUACUUUUUCCUCCGAAAUUUCUCCAUUUUGGAAGUCUCAUUCACAACUGUCUGCAUUCCCAGAUUCCUCUACACAAUGGCAUCUGGGGACAAUACUGUCACUUAUAAUGCAUGUGCCACUCAACUAUUUUUUGUUGUUGUCUUGGGUGUGACUGAGUUUUUCCUGCUGACAGCUAUGUCCUAUGACCGCUAUGUGGCCAUCUGCAAACCUCUGCACUACACCACCAUCAUGAACAGCAGGGUCUGCAUCAAGUUCCUUAUUGGCUGUUAUUUAAUCGCUCUAAUCAUUGUCAUCCCACCUUUCGGCAUGGGCUUUGAACUUGAGUUCUGCAACUCCAAUGUCAUAGACCACUUUGGCUGUGACGCUGCUCCCAUCCUGAAGAUUACCUGCUCCGACACAGAGUUACUAGAGCGGUUUGUCUUGAUCUUGGCUGUGCUGACACUCCUGUUCACGUUAAUGUGUGUAGUGAUGUCUUACACAUACAUCAUUAGGACAAUCCUCAGAUUCCCAUCUGCCCAGCAAAGGAAAAAGGCUUUCUCUACUUGUUCUUCUCAUAUAAUUGUGGUUUCCAUCACUUACGGCAGCUGCAUUUUCAUCUAUAUUAAACCAUCUGCAAAAGAAGGGGUGGCUGUAAACAAGGUUGUGUCAGUGCUCACGACUUCAGUUGCUCCAGUCAUGAAUCCCUUCAUCUACACUCUGAGGAAUAAGCAAGUGGUUCAAGCUUUCAAAGACAUGAUCAAGAGGAUGGCCUCUAUCACAAAGAGCUAA